ACAGGUUCAUAGGUGGCCACGUAUUCCGUGUUCAUCAAACAAUGGCUCAAGCCGCUCAACGACGACAGUGCCACCACCAGUAGAAACGGACAAGAUGGCCACCGCUGUCUGACUCUAAUACGCACCAAGAAUCUGAGAGGAGCUUGGACGCUGAGAAUUCGGAAAAACAGGCGCACCCACCAUUUCACAAGCUAGAGAUGGCGGCAACACUGGCUUCCCACAGCUGUUAUUUCUGUGAAGCAAAGUUAAAUGAGGGAAAAGGGAGACAAGCUUAUGAUCUGUGUUUUUCAAGAUCAAUUUCACUUAAUACAUUCAACAAGAUCGAGAAGUCGACUUGGAAUCCUCCACGUUCUCGACAUUUUAGGAUUGGUAAUGAAUUGCAGCAUAAUACAUCGCCUCCAAGGUUAAGCACCAAUGGAAGAGCUGUUAAGAUGGCACCUAUAAAUGAAGUAGUGAAAACAAAGGCUGUAUCUGCCAAUAAAGUGGAGAAAAUAAAUGGCAAAAGACAGGCUAUCAAUGGGGCAAGUAUAAUUAAGCGCAGCCCGUCUCCUCCGUUGAUUAAGAGAACGAAUGUUAUAGACUCCCAAAAGCUUCCACCACUUGAGGACCUUAAAAUUUUGCCCUCAGAUGAAGGUUUCAGUUGGGCUAAUGAAAAUUAUAACUCUGUGCAAAGGAGUAUCGAUGUUUGGAGUUUCAUCGUUUCCUUACGGGUUCGUGUUUUCUUGGAAAAUGCAAAAUGGACGUAUGCAGAAGGCUUCUCAGAAGACAAGCAGAAAAAAAGAAGGCAAAAGACCGCGUCUUGGCUGCGGGAGCGUGUGCUGCAGCUUGGUCCUACUUUUAUCAAGCUUGGACAGCUCUCCUCAACAAGGUCGGAUCUAUUUCCUCGUGAGUAUGUGGACGAGCUAGCUAAGUUACAGGAUAAAGUCCCUGCAUUCUCUCCAGAAAAAGCUAGAGGAUUCAUUGAGAGUGAGCUGGGUGCCCCGAUCGAUACUUUGUUCAAAGAAUUCGAGGACCGUCCUAUUGCUGCAGCCAGCCUUGGCCAGGUCCAUCGUGCAAUACUGCAUAAUGGAGAGAGGGUGGUCAUCAAAGUUCAAAGACCUGGUCUCAAGAAGCUUUUUGACAUUGACCUGAAGAAUUUGAAGCUAAUUGCAGAAUAUUUUCAAAGAAGUGAAACCUUUGGUGGCUCUACAAGAGAUUGGAUCGGUAUAUACGAAGAAUGUGCUACUAUUUUGUAUCAAGAAAUUGACUACAUAAAUGAAGGCAAAAAUGCUGAUAGAUUCCGCAGGGAUUUUCGUAAUAUAAAGUGGGUUCGAGUACCCCUUGUCUUUUGGGACUACACUGCUUUGAAGGUAUUGACUUUGGAGUAUGUACCAGGGGUUAAGAUAAAUCAGCUGAAUGUUCUAGACUCACGUGGCUUUAGUCGCUCUCAAAUUUCAUCACAUGCCAUUGAAGCAUACUUAAUUCAGAUACUGAAGACUGGUUUCUUUCAUGCGGAUCCUCAUCCGGGAAAUCUUGCUAUUGAUGUUGAUGAAGCAAUCAUAUAUUAUGAUUUUGGCAUGAUGGGGGAAAUCAAAUCCUUCACUAGAGAGAGGCUUCUCGACCUUUUUUAUGCCGUUUAUGAGAAAGAUGCAAAAAAGGUUAUGCAAAGGCUCAUAGAUCUUGAAGCACUUCAGCCAACAGGAGAUCUGUCUGCGGUGAGGAGAUCCAUUCAGUUUUUCUUGGACACACUCUUGAGCCAAACACCAGACCAGCAGCAGACUCUGGCUGCAAUUGGAGAGGAUUUAUUUGCAAUAGCUCAGGAUCAACCUUUUCGAUUCCCCUCCACCUUUACCUUUGUAUUGAGGGCAUUUUCUACCCUGGAAGGUAUAGGCUACACACUCGACCCAGAUUUUUCCUUUGUGAAGAUUGCUGCACCAUAUGCACAGGAGCUUUUAGACUUAAAACAGAAGGAGCAAAGCAGAACACAACUUGUGGAGGAGAUAAGGAAGCAAGCCAAUGAAGCCAGAACAUCCACUAUUUCCAUGCCGUCCAGAGUCCAAAGAAUAGAGGAAUUCGUACAACAGCUCGAGUCGGGGGACUUAAAGCUUCGAGUCCGAGUGCUGGAGUCCGAAAGAGCAGCAAGGAAAGCAACAAUACUUCAAAUGGCAACGAUGUACAGCGUGAUGGGCGGUACGCUUUUGAACCUCGGAAUCACCGUAAGCUCUCAAGGCAACCAAGCCAUUGCCGGUGGAUCAUUCGUCGGGGCAGGAGUGUUCUUGGCGCUUGUUCUUCGGAGUAUGCAACGGGUUAAAAAGCUUGACAAAUUUGAGGAAAUGAUCUGAUUUUUGACUCUCCAAACAUCAACUUUCUUAUAUAUAUAAUAUAUAUAUACACAUAUAUUCAUAUAGAUAUACAAUCCCUUCAACAUGGGCAAGUCCCAGGCAGUUUAACUGCAUACAGGAAGGAAACAAGAACUGGUUAUAGGUUUGGAGGAGAAGCUGCUGAUAUAAACUUGGUUUAGAAUUUAGAACACUGUCUUCCAUUUUAAAUGUAUCAUAUUGUUUAUUUUAUUUGAUCCAACGCAGUUUCAUUCUCCAUUUUUCU